GAGAGAGACGACAAUGAGAAGAUUGACAUUGAACAGAAAGCGAAUAGGUUUGGUAUUCCACUGUCUCUGCGGAUGAUAAAGAAGAAGCAAAAAAGGCAAGAGGGUAGUCUCUGCUCUGGAGACUUGCAUGGGAUUAUGUGCAAAGAGAAAUGAGCAAUUCAUUUAUUUGGCUAUUACAGCAAGUGUGCUCAAGGACAUCUACUCUUUUGGUUUAUGUGAUGAUACUUCUAGCUAAUUUCACUGCAAACUCCAUGUGAUGAUACUUCUGCCGCUGCCAUUCUAUCGUCAAGGUUACCUACUGAGAUUAUCACGGAGACCAUUCCAUUUACAGAGGAAGAUGGUAGAGAAGAAUCAAGGAGUGAUUGUUCUACUUCAGUCUAAUAUCCUAGCGUCCGUCGUUCCUGAUAACCUGCUAGAAGGUUCUUGGGAAGUGACUGCUGAGGUGGCGGGCUUGUGGAAAUCAAUGGUCGAGGAAGCUUCGAGAAUGCUAGCGAAAUCACAUAAGGAGGGGGAUUAUUUCAGAAUGAACCUCCUUUACCAAAUGGGUUUAGCUGAGGAGCCAAAUAAUCCACUUCUGCUUUUAAAUUAUGCCCAGUUUCCUCACCUUGUGCUAAGGGACCAUGACAGGGCUGAGGAGUGCUUCAAGCGUGCUAUCCAAGUAGAACCGCCAGAUGCUGUGGCACUGACUCGAUAUGCAGACUUCUUGUGGAAAGUGAGGAGAGAACUCUGGGAGGCAGAAGAGCGAUACCAGCAAGCAAUGGCAGCUGAACCCGGCAAUCCUUAUCAAGCAUCCAAAUAUGCUAAUUUCCUUUGGAGCACUGGUGGUGAAGACGCUUGUUUUCCUCUCAGCGGCUCAUUUGACAACUACAAGGGUUCACAAUCCAAUAGAGAUAAUACAUCGUAAGAGCACAGAUGUUUCCUGGUUUUUGCUCAUUCCAUCCAUCUCCCAUUUUUUUUACUGUAUUAGACCAAGUAACACCUGAGAGAAAAUAUAGAGGAAGCAGAGGCUUGGUGUCUUCUGAUGCUUUUUUGAAACGCAGAGAAAAAUCAACUAUGCUUGGAAACAACUACGAGAAAAUAAGGUACGAUCUAGAGGUAAACAACUAGCUUAGUUGAUAAAAUGUCCUCUGAUUGUUGUACCUAUGGACUUGAGGUUGGACCCUGCCAGGGAGAGGAAGGUUAAGUACAAAGGAAGGGUUACUCUUUGUUAUGUAACCUGAUAGAGGAUGGUUAAGUACAAGAGAAGGGUUACUCCCUGUUGUGUAACUUGAUAGAGGAUGGUUAAGUACACUUGUGUAACCUGAUUGCUUGAACGGGGAAAAAGGGGGUAAUGAUACUUACGAUUGCUGUAAAUAUAGAUGAUUUCUGUCAAUCGUUUGUGGGAACUUUCAAUGUUUCGCAUGUGACUGUAAUAAUGAUGAGUUCUAAAC